UCGCCUUGCCCACCUGGCACCUUCCCUCUGACUGCCACCUUCCCCGUCCUCAGGAGUGACCCCCACGGCCUCUUCCCCUGGUGGGGUCCGUGUCCCCCUCUGGCUUGUCUGCUUGUCUCAGAGCUGCCGCGGAAGAUCUUGCCGUUGCCCGUGGCUCUCCUGACGCGAUGCCUGCAGCUUGUACCUCAUGCCCGUGUCCCACAGAUGGUUUGGAGGACAGUGGGUCUCUCUGGUGGCUCUCUGGGAACAAGGGUAAACAAGUCCCAUCACUGCCCUUUGUGGUCUGUCCCCAGGGUGACCGGGUGGACACAUACCGGGAGCUGGAGCAUGCCUUGCAGGGAGAGGAUGGCUGCUUGCCCGGUGGUGUUGUGAACCGCCUCAUAGCAGAGGCCUCGGGUGACCUGCGAGCAGCCCAGGGUGUGAUGGAUGAUGUGAAGAUGGCCGCCAGUGACUUCUUGGUGGCUCUGGCCCGCACCCACUUUUACUUCGUCAUGGCUGAGCUGCAGAGCCACCUGAAGGUGGUGGGGAAGGUCCCUGAUGAGGCUGUGCUCGUCACCUUGGGCAAGAUGGCUGGCAGCUAUGCCCUGCGCUGUGUCCCCUUCGCGGGAGCGACGCUGCUGGCCCUGCGCAGGACGCUGAGCCGGGCAGGGAGCGGCCGGACCCUGCGCAUCAUCUGCGGGGUUCUGGAGCGAUGGUCCAAGGGCAUCACCAUGUACUUGUGCAGCCAGAAACGACACCCCUUUCCUCAGAGCAGGGCAGCACAGCUCUGUGGAGACCUUUACCCGCUCUUCCAUCACGCAGUGGUAAAUUGGCUGGGCUGCAAGGAGGAACAGGAUAAUCGGGCUGUCCUGGGUGCGGUGGCUGCCAUGGUUGGUGUCCUUGUGUGUGAGGAGCGGCACUGCCAGUGUGCCCGGGAGCAGCUCCUCCAGCUCCUGCGCCAGCACCAGCGGGUCCAGGACACCUCCCGGGUCACCGAGGUGAGGACUCGUGCAGGGCCCGGCGUGGCUGAUCGGCGAGUCUGUGCCGGUGCCACACGGUGCUGGGGAGCUGUGGGGUGCCAGGGGAACUGGGAAGCUCUUAGAGAAGGAGCAGGGAGAGCAGAGGAGGCCUGA